AUGGAGGAGGCCGAGCGGCCGGCGGGGCGCUGCGAGUGGGGCGCCCCCGCCGCGGGCCCCGUGUGGACCGCCGUGUUCGACUACGAGGCGGCGGGCGAGGAGGAGCUGACGCUGCGGCGGGGCGACCGCGUGCAGGUGCUGUCGCGGGACUGCGCCGUGUCGGGCGACGAGGGCUGGUGGACCGGGCGGCUGGCGAGCGGCCGGGUGGGCGUCUUCCCCAGCAACUACGUGGCGCCGCGCGCGCCCGCCGCGCCCCCCGCCGGCCUGCGGCUGCCCCGCGAGAUCCCGUUCCACGAGCUGCGGCUGCAGGAGAUCAUCGGCGUCGGCGGCUUCGGCAAGGUGUACCGGGCGCUGUGGCGCGGCGAGGAGGUGGCCGUCAAGGCCGCGCGCCUGGACCCCGACCGGGACCCCGAGGCCACGGCCGAGCAGGUGCGCCAGGAAGCCCGGCUCUUCGGCGCCCUGCGGCACCCCAACAUCAUCGCCCUGCGCGGCGCCUGCCUCAGCCCCCCGCACCUCUGCCUGGUGAUGGAGUACGCUCGGGGAGGCGCCCUGAGCCGGGUGCUGGCCGGGCGCCGGGUGCCCCCGCACGUGCUGGUCAACUGGGCCGUGCAGGUGGCCCGCGGCAUGAACUACUUACACAACGAUGCCCCCGUGCCCAUCAUCCACCGGGACCUCAAGUCCAUCAACAUCCUUAUUCUGGAGGCCAUCGAGAACCACAACCUCGCAGACACGGUGCUCAAGAUCACGGACUUUGGCCUCGCCCGCGAGUGGCACAAGACCACCAAGAUGAGCGCGGCGGGGACCUACGCCUGGAUGGCCCCAGAGGUCAUCCGUCUCUCCCUCUUCUCCAAGAGCAGUGACGUCUGGAGCUUCGGGGUGCUGCUGUGGGAGCUGCUGACGGGGGAGGUGCCCUAUCGGGAAAUCGACGCCUUAGCUGUGGCCUAUGGUGUGGCCAUGAACAAGCUGACGCUGCCCGUGCCCUCCACGUGCCCCGAGCCCUUUGCCCGCCUGCUGGAGGAGUGCUGGGACCCUGAGCCCCACGGCCGGCCAGACUUCGGCAGCAUCCUGAAGCAGCUGGAGCUCAUCGAGCAGUCGGCCCUGUUCCAGAUGCCGCUGGAGUCCUUCCACUCGCUGCAGGAGGACUGGAAGCAGGAGAUCCAGCACAUGUUCGACGACCUGCGCACCAAGGAAAAGGAGCUGCGGAGCCGGGAAGAGGAGCUGCUGCGGGCAGCCCAGGAGCAGCGCUUCCAGGAGGAGCAGCUGCGGCGGCGCGAGCAGGAGCUGGCCGAGCGCGAGAUGGACAUCGUGGAGCGCGAGCUGCACCUGCUCAUGUGCCAGCUGAGCCAGGAGAAGCCGCGGGUCCGCAAGCGCAAGGGCAACUUCAAGCGCAGCCGCCUGCUCAGGCUGCGGGAAGGCUGCAGCCACAUCAGCCUGCCCUCGGGCUUCGAGCAUAAGAUCACAGUCCAGGCCUCUCCCACCCUGGACAAGCGGAAAGCAUCGGAUGGCAUCAGCCCCCCGGCUAGCCCCAGCAUCAUCCCCCGGCUGAGGGCUAUUCGCUUGACUCCCGCAGAUGCGGGCGGAGGUAGCAGCAGUGGCAGCAGCAGCAGCGGGACCUGGAGCCGCAGCGGCCCCCCGAAGAAGGAGGAACUGGCUGCCAGCAAGAAGAAGGGCCGGACAUGGGGCCCGAGCUCCACCCUGCAGAAGGAGCGGGUGGGAGGAGAGGAGAGGCUCAAGACCCUGGGCGAGGGCAGCAAACAGUGGUCAUCAAGUGCCCCCAACUUGGGCAAAUCCCCCAAACACACCCCCAUCGCCCCUGGCUUUGCCAGCCUCAAUGAGAUGGAGGAGUACGCCGAAGACGGCGACGGCGGCAGCGUGCCCCCGUCCCCCUACACCACCCCGUCCUACCUCACCGUGCCGCUGCCCCCCGAGCCGUCGCCGGGCCCGCGGGGACCCUGGGAGCGGGCCGUCACGCCCCCUGCGCGCCCGGGGCCGGGCGGCCGGCGGCGCUGCGACCUGGCGCUCCUGGGCUGCGCCACGCUGCUGGGCGCCGUGGGCCUGGGCGCGGACGUGGCCGAGGCGCGCGCGGCCGAGGGCGAGGAACAUCGCGGCUGGCUCGACGGCCUCUUCCCCCGCGCCGGCCGCUUCCCCCGCGGCCUCAGCCCGACCGGCCGCUCCCCGGGCCGCCGGGACGACGCGGGCCCCGGCCCCCCCGCGCCGCCGGGCCUGGCGCCCUCGGUCACCGUCGUGUCGCUGUCGUCCGUGUCCGACUGCAACUCCACGCGCUCGCUGCUGCGCUCGGACAGCGACGAGGCCGCGCCGGCCGCGCCCUCCCCGCCGCCCUCGCCCUGCGAGCCUGAGCCCCGGCCGAGCGCCAACCCGCUGGUGGACCUGGAGCUGGAGAGCUUCAAGCGGGACCCCCGCCAGUCGCUCACGCCCACCCACGUCCCCGCCGCACGCGCCGCCAGCCGCGGACACCGCCGGACGCCCUCGGACGGGGCGCUGGGGCAGCGCGGGGCGUCCGAGCCCUUGGGCCCCGGCCAGGGCCCUCGAGAUGCCCAGGACUUCCCCCGCCUGCCGGACCCCCAGGCCCUGUUCCCGGCGCGCCGCCGGCCUCCCGAGUUCCCUGGCCGGCCCACCACCUUGACUUUUGCCCCGAGACCCCGGCCCGCCGCCAGCCGGCCUCGCCUGGACCCCUGGAAACUGGUCACGUUCGGGCGGACGCUCAGCAUACCCCCUCCGGGCAGGUGGGACCCGGCGGCCAGCGGGCAGCCCACACUGCUGGACUUGGACACGGAGGGGCAGAGCCAGGACUGCACGGUACCCCUGUGCGAGGCGCGGGGCUCCCGCUGACGGGGCCACCCGCCCUCGAAGCCUUGAAUGUAGCUCCCAGGACCGGCCUCAGCCCACCGGACCACAAGGCUGGGGAGGCCCUGGGCAGGAAACCCACUAUUUAUUGGGGAGGGGGAGGGGGGCUUAAUUUAUUCCUUUGUACCCCAGGGGUGGGGCCCUGUGCCCACCCUGCAGUGGGGGAGGGUCGGCAGGGACACUCAGGGACAGGGCAUCACGGGGCAUUUGGCACAAAAUGCAACAUUAAAGGUCACCCCUGCCCCUUUU